AUGAAAGACGCCGGAAAUAGUGCGUUUGUUUGUCCAAAUGAUCGUCAAUUACAGCUUCGAGCAAAACUUAGUUCCGGCUGGUCAUUUCAUUCAAGUCGUCCACUUGUAAAUCGUGUUAAUAGUCCAAUUACACCACCAAAUAAUCAAUCAUUACGUGAUGAAGAAAUUGAACGAAUUAAGAAAGUUCUUGAACGUGCUCAACGUAUUGAACUUCUUGAACAAGAACGUGUUGGUAAACUAAUCGAUCGUCUUGAAAAUAUGAAAAAACAUGCAACCGGUAAUGGAUCAUCACAAUGCGUUCUAUGUGCUGAUGGUUUUGGUAUGCUAGGCGCAUCAGCCGUUAUAUGUGUUGAUUGUCAUAAAUCUGUUUGCAAUAAAUGUUCGAUUGAAACUGUUUAUAAUCAACAAGUUAUAACUCUAUGUAAAAUUUGUAGUGAAAAUCGUGAAUUAUGGAAAAAAUCUGGUGCUUGGUUUUUUCGAAGUUUACCUUCACGAUCUAGUUUACCAGCAAGUGUAAAACCAUCUGCAUCGUGCAUUUCAGCUACACCAUUAAAAAAUGAUAUACUAACAUCAGAAGAUGAUUCAAGUUCUGACGAACAACAAAAUAAUUCAGGUCGAUUAAAUCAACGACCUUCACCUGUUGCAGCUAUUCCACAUGAUCAUUUUACUACUGUAAAUCCAUUUCAACAAGUAUCUGAAAAUCCAAGUCCAAUAAGUGAACAUGAUCGAGAUGAAAGUAUCGAUUCAUUUAAAACUGAUACAAGAAGUUCAAAAGAACUAUCAAUCGAAGAUUAUUUACCAACAUUACAAUCUCCUAUUCCAUCUAUGGCAUCAUCAUCAAUAAAUCUUCGUCCAUCACCAUCAAUUGUUGUAAAUACUUCAUCACCAAUUGAUGAUUGUGGAUUUGGUACAUUAGAUUUUGAAAUUAUUUGGAAAGAAUCUUUAAAUGUAUUAACAAUAACAUUAUUACGAGCAAGAAGUCUUCGAUCAUGUGAUUCAAAUGGACUUUCUGAUCCUUAUGUUAAAUUGCAUCUUGUACCUGGUGUUGCUAAAGCAACAAAAUUACGAAGUCAUACAAUUCGUCGAACAUUAAAUCCUGAUUUUGAUGAAACAUUAGUUUAUCAUGGUAUAUCUUUAGAAGAUAUGAAAACAAAAUCACUUAAAUUUUCGGUGUAUGAUGAAGAUUCAGUUGGUUCUGAUUUUCUUGGUGAAUAUCGUUUGAGAUUAUCAACAAUUCGUGCUGAUGUUAAAGAAGCUUAUGCAGUUUAUUUACAAAAUAAAACUGAAGAUAUUGAGGUAAACAUAAAUUGUGAAUAUAUAUCGCUUUU